CCAGUAAUUGAGGGGUGUUCUUUCUCUUGAUUUCCUCCAUUUUUUUUGGAAUUGCAGCUUGUAAUCUUGCAACUGUUCAUUAUCUUUGCAGCUGAAUCAGACUGAUGUCUAAACUGGUGGAGCCUGAGUGAAGUCCCGUGGAAUGAACAGCUUGUUUCAUGCAUGUUCUACUGCAACAUUAACAAAGACUAUCAAUCUUGUCCUGAAAAGUUCAAUCUGUGGAUUUCCAGCUCUUUCAUGGAAGAGAAGCUUUGGUCAUGCUAGAAUUAGAUACGUUGAUUCUGCCUCGUAUUUGAAUAGAGUUUGUGUUCGCUGCUAUUCGUCUAAAAAGCAUAGUGGAGAUAGCUCUCAAUCACAGAAUUCUGAUUCUACUCCAGUAAUGAAGGAAGAGAGAGAUGGUUUCUUUGUUGUUAGGAAAGGAGAUCUGGUUGGAGUGUACAAAAACUUGAGUGAUUGCCAGACUCAAGUCGGAUCAUCGAUAUGUGAUCCUCCUGUUAGUGUGUACAAAGGCUACUCCAUGCCUAAGGACACAGAAGAAUAUCUUCUCUCCUGUGGGCUUAAAAAUUCCCUGUAUUCCAUUAGAGCCGCAGAUCUCACCGAAGAUCUCUUUGGGACUCUAGUACCAUGCCCUUUUCAGCAACCUUCUUCUUCAAAAAGUGGAACAUCUGAUCAUUUGCCAAAGAAGAGAUCACAGGAAGCAAUGUGGUCAGAAUAUGCAGAUGCUGUUGGAUCAGCAGUUAUUCCAAAUGAUUCCAUAAGAAAGCAUGUCAAGAUAGAACAUCAUAAGGGUGACCAAGUUCUAGCUCUACCAUCUGGUCAGCGUUCUUGUACUCUUGAAUUUGAUGGUGCUUCAAAAGGAAAUCCUGGACAAGCUGGUGCAGGAGCUGUUAUACGGGCUGAUGAUGGAAGUUUGACCUGCAGGCUACGUGAAGGUCUAGGAGUGGCAACCAGCAAUCAUGCUGAAUACAGGGCCUUUAUUUUGGGUCUGAAAUAUGCACUUAGUAAAGGGUUUACAAAUAUUCGUGCUCAGGGCGACUCCAAGCUUGUUUGUAUGCAGAUCCAAGGUCUGUGGAAGGUGAAAAAUCAAAACAUUGCCACGGUGUUUGAGCAGGCAAAACAACUGAAGGAUAGGUUCCUUUCUUUCCGCAUCAUUCAUGUUCUUCGGGAAUCAAACUCCGAUGCGGAUCAGCAGGCAAACUUGGCUGUCGAGCUUGCUGAGGGUCAAAUUCAGGAGGAGAUAGAGAAAUGACAGGCACAAAAGUACAUGGGCAGAACUGUAUUAAUGGUGCAGACAAGGAUUUUUACGCGCUAACCACUAGGUCCCAGUGCUUUGCAGAAUCUUGAUUUCUUGAGGGUGAUUUAAUGUCCACGUUAGGUUAAUCUUAUUGCAAUUAGGUUAUUAUGUAAAUUUUAUUGGAUUUGGGCUCAUAAAUGGCACCAACAACAAAUGUUACUACGACUAGUUAUUGACUUUGAAUUCUUAGCAAUGGGUCACUUAAUGUUCCCCAGAUACUCAAAGAAAGACUCGUGGAAAUUAUUGAUGCAAUCAUCUCUGUCA